AUGUCGUUUGCUGCGCACCUGCAGCGCCGCUGCCCCUUUCUCGCGCGGCACCAAGCAGCAGCUUUGGAGUCUCUUCUUCCUUUUACUCUUUUGUGUCCUGUUGCAUCAAAGACUUUAAACUUUUCUGUUCACAAAAGCCACAAUGCUGCUGCUGCUGCUGCUGCUGCAGCAGCAGCAGCAGCAGCAGCAGCAGCAGAGCCCGCGCUGGCGGCCGCGCACAAGCAGCAGCUGCAGCACGAGCAGCUGCAGCUCGAAAAGAAGCUGCAGCAGCAGCAGAGGCAGCUGCAGCAGCUGCAGCAGCAGCAGCUCCAGCUCCAGCUGCAGCAGCAGAAGCUCCAGCAGCACAAGCAGCAGCUGCAGCAGCAGCAGCUGCAGCAGCAGCAGCAGCAGCAGCAGCAGCAGCAGCAGCAGCAGCCGCUGCCUGAGGGCUUUUACAAUUCCGCGGCGGACGCAAAACUCGCAGAACUCCACACAGAGGGAAGAUAUAGAGUUUUUGCGCAUUUGAGGAGACAAGUGGGGGCCCCCCAAAAGGCCCUUUUGAGGGGCCCCUCGGGAGACACCGAAGUGACCCUUUGGUGCAGCAACGACUACCUGGGCAUGAGCCAACACCCCCGCGUCAUAAAGGCCGCGCAAGAGGCCCUCGCCAGCAGCGGCGCCGGCAGCGGCGGCACUCGCAACAUCUCGGGUUCGAACGUUUACCACCAGGCCCUGGAAAAGGAGAUCGCAGACUG